UCCCUCCAUAUAAAUAGAGAGCAGCCGCCUUCACUCUGAAACUCCCACUUCAUUAGCCGAUUCCCGCUUUCUUUUUGGCCCCAAACUUUUUUAUUCCCUCUCUGUUUUUCCCUCCUUUUUCUUCGCUUCAUCUUCAAGUUAGGGUGUUCCUCUCCCCCAACUAGGUUUCCGCCGCUAAAAUGGUCGCCGAAAAGGGUAAAAAGUCCAAGCCUGCCGACAAGGUUGAGGACGACGGGUCUGAUCAUAUUGACGUCGAGCUCGUUCAAUGUAUCGAGAAGUUACAGGAGGUUCAAGACGAGCUCGAAAAGGUUAAUGAAGAAGCAGGUGACAAAGUUUUGGAAGUUGAACAGAAAUAUAAUGAGAUAAGGUGGCCUGUUUAUGUGAGACGGAAUGAGAUUAUCAAAACGAUUCCAGACUUCUGGUUAACUGCUUUCUUGAGUCAUCCUGCACUUUGUGAUCUUUUGUCGGAAGAAGAUCAAAAGAUAUUUAGGCAUUUAGAUUCUCUUAAAGUGGAGGAUCAGAAGGAUGUAAAGCUGGGUUAUUCCAUCAUACUUAAUUUCAAUGAGAAUCCUUAUUUUGAAGAUAGAAAACUAGAGAAGACAUAUACAUUCUUUGAAGACGGGGCAAUUAAAAUUACUGGAACAACAAUCAAGUGGAAGGAUGACUCGGGUGCAUCAAAUGGAGUAAAUGGUGAGAAGAAAGGAAAGAAGCGACCCUUGAUUGAAGACAGCUUCUUCAGUUGGUUUGGUGAGACCAAAGAAGAAGAUAUCACUGAGCUUCAUGAUGAGGUUGCGGAGAUAAUUAAAGAGGACUUGUGGCCCAAUCCUUUGAAAUAUUUCAACAAUGAGAUUGAUGAAGAUGAAGAGGACUCUGAUGGAGAAGAGGAGGAGGAGGAAAACGGAGAUGAAGAUGAUGAUGAUGAUGGCGAAGAGUGAAACGUAGAGAACAAACACAGUAGAGAACCCCCCAUAGGUACUCCUAUCUUUUCUUUUUACCAAUUUCCAUAUUACGUAGGAUAUCUAUUGUUCCAAUCUCUGAUAAGUACUGUUGUCAUAUUUAUACCUCAAAUGUGUUAUUUAUCUUCUAGUCUAUUUUUGGCCUCCCCUUCCUCAUCAUUCAAUACACAGCCCAAUCCUUUCAUGAGAGAUGCUUCUAUUUUCCAGUUCUUAUCUGAACAUUUUUGUAGACUAUUUCUUACAAUAUUGUUGCCUGAAAACGAUGUAGAUGGGUAGUAUUUGUCUGAAUCAUGAGAUUG